AUGGGGCGAAAUCUCAGCCCCCUACUCUGCCUGGUUCCCUUGGUCCUGGGCCUUUUGUCUAGAGAUGUGAGCACAACUCCUUUGCCUGCGGCCCAGCACCAAAGCCUCUGCUCCCUGGAGGGGAUACAGAUCACAGGGGGCUCCUUCCAACUCCUCCAGGAGGGCCAGACGCUGGAGUACCUGUGUCCCUCUGGCUUCUACCCAUACCCUGUGCAGACGCGGGUCUGCAGAUCCUCAGGGUCCUGGAGCGCCCUGCAGACCCGAGGCGAAAAGAUUGUCAAGAAGGCAGAGUGCAGAGCGAUUCGCUGCCCGAGACCACAGGACUUUGAGAAUGGGGAGUUCUGGCCCCGGGCCCCCUACUACAACUUGAGUGAUAAGAUCUCUUUCCAAUGCUACGACGGCUACACUCUCCGGGGCUCUGCCAACCGCACCUGCCAAGUGACUGGCCGGUGGGAUGGGCAAACAGCCAUCUGUGACAACGGAGCGGGGUACUGCCCCAACCCGGGCAUCCCCAUUGGCACAAGGAAGGUGGGCAGCCAGUAUCGCCUUGAAGACAGGGUCACCUACCAAUGCAACCGGGGGCUCACACUGCGUGGCUCCCAGCAGCGAACGUGCCUGGAAGGUGGCUCUUGGAGUGGAACUGAGCCUUCCUGCCAAGAUUCCUUCGUGUAUGACACCCCUGAAGAGGUGGCCGAAGCCUUCCUGUCUUCCCUCACAGAGACCAUAGAAGGAGCUGAUGCUGAGGAUGGGCACAGCCCAGGAGAAUACCAGAAGCGGAAGAUUGUCCUGGAUCCCUCGGGCUCCAUGAACAUCUACCUGGUGCUGGAUGGAUCAGACAGCAUUGGAACCAGCAAUUUCACAGGGGCCAAGCGAUGUCUCAGCAGCCUCAUCGAAAAGGUGGCAAGUUAUGGGGUGAAGCCAAAGUAUGCUCUAGUGACAUAUGCCACAGACCCCAAUAUUUUGGUCAGAGUGUCUGAUGCAAAGAGCAGUGAUGCAGACUGGGUCACGGAGCGGCUCAACCAAAUCAGCUAUGACGACCACAAGCUGAAGACAGGGACCAACACCAAGAAGGCCCUCCAGGCAGUGUACAGCAUGAUGAGCUGGCCAGGGGAUACCCCUCCUGAGGGCUGGAACCGCACCCGCCAUGUCAUCAUCCUCAUGACUGAUGGCUUGCACAACAUGGGUGGGGACCCAGUCCCUGUCAUUGGUGAGAUCCGGAGCUUACUGGACAUUGGCAGGGACCGAAAAAACCCAAGGGAGGAUUAUCUGGACGUCUAUGUAUUUGGGAUCGGGCCCCUGGUGGACCAAGCAAACAUCAACGCUUUGGCUUCCAAGAAGGAUAAAGAGCAACAUGUGUUCAGAGUCAAGGACAUGGAACACCUGGAAGAUGUCUUCUACCAAAUGAUUGAUGAAAGCCAGUCUCUGAGUCUCUGUGGCAUGGUCUGGGAGCACAGGGAAGCUACCGAUUCCCACAAGCAACCGUGGCAGGUCAAGAUCUCCAUCACUCGCCCUGGGAAGGGAUUUGAGAACUGUAUGGGGGCUGUGGUGUCUGAGUACUUUGUACUGACAGCGGCACACUGCUUCACUGUGGAGGACGAGAAACACUCCAUCAAGGUCAGCGUGGCUAAGGAUAAGCAGGAAUUGGAUAUAGAAGAAGUCCUAUUUCACCCCAGCUACAACAUCAAUGGGAAAAAAGCAGAAGGAAUUCCUGAAUUUUAUGACUACGAUGUGGCCCUGAUAAAGCUCAAGACGAAGCUGAAGUAUAGCCAGACUCUCAGGCCCAUCUGUCUGCCCUGCACCGAGGGAACAACUCGAGCUCUGAGGCUCCCCCAGUCAGCAACAUGCCAGCAACACAAGGAAGAGCUGCUCCCUGUGAAGGAUGUCAAAGCUCUGUUUGUGUCUGAGGAGAAGAAAACGCUGGUUCGGAAAGAGGUCUACAUCAAGAAUGGGGAUAAGAAAACCAGCUGUGAGAAAGAUGCUCGAAAUGCCAAAGGUUAUGACAAAGUCAAGGACAUCUCUCAGGUGGUCACCCCCAGGUUCCUUUGCACUGGAGGGGUGGAUCCCUAUGCUGACCCCAAUACUUGCAGAGGGGAUUCCGGUGGCCCCCUGAUUAUUCGUAAGAAGAGUCGCUUCAUUCAAGUUGGUGUGAUCAGCUGGGGUGUAGUGGAUGUCUGCAAAGACCAAAAACAAGGCCAAAAAUGGGAAGUACCUGCUCACGCCCGAGACUUUCACAUCAACCUCUUCCAAGUGCUGCCCUGGCUCAAAGAGAAACUCAAAGAUGAGGAUCUGGGUUUUCUAUAAGGGGUUUCCUGCUGGAAAGGUGCAUGGAAUCCAAUUAAAACAGCUGUGACAAUGCCUGUGUUCCAGAUCCUUUUGGGG